CAAUCCUGUAUGGGUCAGAACGAAGAAAAUAUGGAAGAACGCAACAACUGACAUUUCGGAAUGUAUUGUUAAUUCUUAAAACACACCGGGUGUUGUUCAGUUGUGCAGGAAGCGUGUUUUGCGUAUUGUUUGGGACUUGCGAGCCCACCUUUUCCCAGAUGACAUGUGGUUACAACACGUACAGCUGGUUGGUUAUCGGAAGUUAAUCAGUUUGAUUUUGUGUAUGGCUAUAUUUGGAUGCUUUUUUGUUUGUUAAAAAUAUUAAUAAACGCAUAAUUGUAGUACGUCGUUUCAACAGAGAGGAAGAAACUGGAAGCGUGUUUGAAUCUAGUCAAACCCGACCAGAGAUCUAUCAUACACCUGGCAGGGUAGUUCAGAAGAACAACUAAAGGGAAGGCUCCACCUCCUCCAUCCACAGCAAAGCACUUUGAUGGUUCUUCAGUUUCUCAGAGUGUGGAAUCUCCAAACAUAGUCAUGGAUCAGAAGGAGAACUUCAUUGAUCAGGACAUCACUCUCACAGUGGUGCUUCCAGGAGGUGUGGAGAAGUCUACUACUGUACAUGGAAGCAAGCCUAUGAUGGACUUGUUGGUUGUACUGUGUGGGAAGUAUCGUCUAAACCCAUCCAGCCAUACCAUAGAACUCCUCUCAACUAACAGAAACCAAAUCAAGUUUAAACCAAAUGCAUUGAUAGGAGAACUGGAAGCAGAAAAAGUGAUAUUGAAGCCAAAAGGCAUGAACGAGAAGAAGAAGCCUGCCCCUGUAGUGCCUGAGGCAACGGUCCGGCUGGUAAUAAACUACAAAAAGACUCAAAAAACCAUUUUAAGAGUUAGUCCACAAGUACCUCUUCAGCAUCUGAUCCCUGCAGUUAGUGAAAAAUGUGAAUUUGAUCCAAAGCGCAUUGUAUUGCUUAAAGAGGAGCGGUCCCGGGAGGCUCUGGACUUGACAAAAUCCCUCAAUGAUCUGGGCUUAAGGGAACUAUAUGCACUGGACACUGGAGGCAUUUCUUCAGGUUUGCACAGCUUUUCUGCCCAUCAAGACCAAACAAGCAGUGAGAUUCUUAAGGAGAAAGAAAACAAAGGAUUCUUCAAUAUAUUUAGAAGAAGCAAGAAAAAAAAUGAACAGGCUGCCAGUGCUCCAGCGUCACCGACUUUGAUUCAGAAACCAGGUAUGCGGACAUCGCAAAGUGUCCGUGCUCAUACAUACAGCUCCAGCACACUGCCUUCAGACAUGCCGAAGAAGAGGCGAGCACCCCUGCCUCCAAUGAUUGUUUCGCAGAGCAUGCCGCAGGACCUGAGCAACGUGCAGAUGAACACACAGCCUGCAUCUCGACCAGAAAGGGAGAAGGAUUUUACUGGAAUAAGCAGACAAGCAUCCUCAGAAUCCUCUCUGAGGAGUACCAAACGGAAAGCACCUCCUCCUCCAGCGCCACCCUGCAAAAUGGCACAAGAGCAGCCCCUGCAGGAGACACAUAAUAAAGCUGGAGUUUUCUCACAACACUGCCUUGAGGAAAUAAAUGAAAAGGAAGAAGCAACUGUAUCAAACACGGAGGAUUCAGGAACCACUAUGCAUGCACAACAGGGAGUGCAUAGCCCCUAUAUGUCUUCUGAUUUACCAUCAGACACUCGGGAAAUUGAACCUACUUCACCAGCUGAUAGUGCAGACCGGCAGAACUCCCCGACUACAUCUGAAAGCUGUGAGAGAGAGAAGAGGAACAGCAUGACCACAGAUGGCAAACAAGCCAGUGUCAUUGUAAACAGCCAAGCGCGUGACCGUAGUGUUGAGGAAAUUAAUAGGCAUUCUGUAACUCCCAGCUUGCAAAACAAUGAAGUGGGAUCUGUGACAUGCAAGAGUGAGGAGACAUGCACUGUGACUGCAAGCAAGGAACCAGUAAAAGAGCAACAGGUUACAGCAAGUUGCAUAGCCGUACCAGCAGAUGAAAGCAGUAAAGAAUGUGACACUGAAAAAACAAACGACUUUGAAAAGAUUCAGGACCCUAAAACUAAUUCUGCUGUUACAAAAUCUGUGAAAAUGAUAGAUUCAGCCAUUCAGGCAUCAGCUGAAAUGGACAGUGAAGACCCAGCACAUGAGGAGACCAAGGAAGAGGUGCAGGGCCAAAGUAUUGUUAAAACACAUUUUAUAACUUCAGAAAAAAAAGUACAUGCAUCUAAUGUAACUGAUAUCAAUUUGACUACACAAGAGGGGUGGACACAGGAUAUGUCAAUUAAGAAAUUACAUCCAACAGAGAAUGAAUGUAUACCUCAAACCUAUGAAAAGACUGCUGAGUGCCAAACAAAAAGCCCUGUGGUCUACAAGAGAGACUCUGAGCCUAAACCAAAGCCUUCUAAUGAAGCGAAAAGAGACUACAUACCAAAGAUUGGAAUGACUACUUACAAAAUCGUGCCUCAAAAGUCCUUGGAGAAGCUAAAGUUCUAUGAGGUUGAAGUGACACUGGAGGUCCAAGACAAGACUCGGAAUCUAGAAACAUUGACUCCGUUAACCGACUCCAAGGCCGAGGUUCCACAGAACUCAGAUGUACAGAGUGCCUCUGAUUCAAAUGAGACUCGGAGUCAUAAUACUGAUGGGACUGUUCAACCUAAUGAGAUGGCUGCCAAAAAUGACUAUGUUGUAAUUAAUAAUGAAGAUGCAAUAUCGGUUCAUAACGCAGCCCAAGUAAACGUUAAAGAAGCUGCAGGAACUUCAAAUGAUGGCCAACCUUUAUCUCCACCUGAGACUCAUUACCAGCCACCACCUCUGUCAGGAGUGAAAGAAAAGAAAACUCCACCUGCUACUAAACCAAAACCUGGGUCUUUCCGCUUGCCACAGCAAAAACGAACAUCUGGGUAUUAUGUAAUUUCAGCAGCUAGUAAACAUGGCAUAGGAUGUACCAGCCCUGGCCCUAAUGAGACACCCCAAAGCCCUGCAAAAGAGGAGGACACCACACCUGACAAGACUGUUGAAACUGUAGACGAAACCAGUUUUCCUCCCCCGCCACCAAUUGAUUUGUCUGAAAUAUCACUAGAAAAAGUUGAAGGAGGAGCAGCUGCUGUGGUUUCAAGGCCCCUAAGUUAUCCAAAUAAAGGGUCGGCAGGAUUAAGUUUCCUUAAAUAUAGAAGUUUUGCUGCUCCUAAACCGUAUCCCUCUACCUCUCCAUCUCCCUUUGCUCUUGCUGUGUCUUCAGCGGUCAAGCGCUCUCAGUUUAGUAGAGGAUCAUCUUUAAAGGCUCACACUUCUCAAGAAUUGCCAAGUGCAUCUUUUCUUCAAAGUUAUGCAACUAAAGAGGUGAAAGAACCAUCAAAAGUCUUAAAAGAAUCAUCUAUUACUAUUUGCAAUUCCGUACAGGGAAAUGACUGUCGAGAAAAACAAGAAGAAAAUCAGGUGAAGCUGCAGGUCCUAGCCCAGUCGUGCACUUCACUUGGUAAUGGGAUUCCUGCCCCGGUAUCUGAUCCUGAGGAGAUCCGCAACACCCUCCUAGAUGCUAUUCUGUCUGGAGAUGGGGCUGCCAAAUUGAAAAAAGUUCCUGCUGCAUUGAAUACUAUAUCUGUUAAUGGAGGAUCCAUACCAACUCAACCUUGUUCUUCACUGACAGAGUAGCAACUUACAUUUAACAACCUGCAUUAUAAACGCCAAAUCAAUAGGUACUUUAUUGUACAGAACAUGAAAGGUAGAGUGACUCAAGAUUGCAGUGGAGUUGAAAUAUUGUACUUCUGAAACUGAUUAUUUUGCUGAAGAAACUAUUUUGAUAAUUGUUUAUAUUCUUGUUACUAAAUAAGAGUAUUAUAAUAUUUGCCUUUUUUUUUUUGCAUAUUUAAGAUAUUAUAUGUAAAUAUAAAUUAGAAUAUUAUAUAUUUUGCUUCAGUGGGUUUGCUGGUCAUGUAAUUUUAAAAAUCUACUUCUAUCACUUGUUGCCUUGAAGUAUUUGGCAUAUGUAUGUGGUUUUUUUUGCAUUGAUCUGCAAGUAUUUUGAUUCUGAAUUGUGUUUUUACAGUAUCAUAUAUUCAGGUGCGAGGCCCAGGAAUCCUAUAGCAAGAAUUAACUAAAUAUAGAGUGCUUUCAGAAACAAAUUGCUUUAUUUAUUUCCUUGCCUUUGUCUUGAACCAUCACAAUUGUAUUUCUUUAAAAAUAAUAGUAAAGUCUAGUUAUGGUGGUGAAAUGGUUGUGGUUGUUGCAUGGGCUUUCAUGCAGCAAGUAUGUUGAAUAUGUCCAGCAUACUGUCCAGUUAAUGUAUGUUAUAUCACUUAACUAUGAACACGCACGAGUUUAACUACAUAUGUACUUGUCUGGUGUUUUAAAAUGCAUUGGGUCAUUCAAUAAACAUAAGAAUCUGUACGGUAUACAAAAUAAAAAUGUCGUCUGCCUUUUUAAAACA